AUGGCUGGUCUCGUCUCGUACUUCAUGUGCUUGGCACGCACGUGCUUAGCUCUCUCUCCCUUUGUGGCCUUGCUGACCAGGAAGAUGGAGACUUCAGAUUUUGUCGCAUGCACAGAGGGAUGCGUUUUCAUCCGGUAUGCCGGGGUUCCCACUUUGCCUGCAACUGCUGUUGAGAAUGUUGAGCUGAGCACCGGGAACUUUAGUGGUUGGUGGACCGGCUUUCCGUUGUUUGUACAAAUCCAAAAUGGCCAGGCACUUCGAGCCAGCUACCCCGUGCUGUCUGUCGGAUCUUGGUUGUUCACGCCAGGGGCUAUGUACGGCAUUCUUCCGUCGUGUUUUACAUACUUGACUCUCCAGUUGGAUGCCUCAAGCCGCCAGGCGUUCGAAACAAGCGCGAGUGCAAUGCAGUGCGAAGAUGAAACCGUCCGUGAGAAGAUUGAAAACCACCUGGCUGAAGGUCGCAGCAGAUUCAUGUACCUGCUAUUUAUCGUCAUGUGGUCUACACUGACCCUUGCGCACGACUGGGGUCUGCUGAAUGGGCUUCGAGAAGUUACGACCAUAAGGAUUGGACUGGCAUCGUGGUAUUGCCAGUCUCUUGCUUGUGUUGCUGCUUUUGUGUGGGCCACGGGCGCUGUGGAAGUAUUUAUCGCCCCAGGCUCCGGGUGCUACUACCAGCUCAAUAUUUGGCAAACGAUGUUCACGAUACUUCCACCACUCCUCCUCCUGGCUGCGACUGAGCUCAAACUCACGGCCCUUGCGUUGUCAGUAUGCCAUGGAGACUACAUGUAUUCGAUCACAUACAGCGUGCCUUAUAGAAUGGUCUCCGCCGUGCGUCCGCAGGAGCCAACUGCAGAUUUAUUGACACUGGGACUUCGCGGCGACCGUGAUAUGCCGUACUGCCGUCCACCCCCGCUAUCCUUGGAGGAACUGCACCACAUGGAGAAAGUUUUGUUUUACAGCGGAAUGUGCUGGACAUUUGUGCAGCAUUUUGUCAUUGCGCCGUUCACCUUCGGACCCCUACUCCGCAGGCUCAUAAGUGUAGCCAUGAUCCAGGAUUGGUCUCUUCACGCGCUGGGUUUGCUGAAGCUUGCGGUUGCAAUGCUGCUGGCCAUUUGUGUCGUAAUUGGUAUAUACCCUGUACUUGCAUCACGGUACGGCUGGCUACCAAAUUUUUCGGGGAUGUGUGACCCAUGGGACCCUGACGAUCAAGAGGAACAAGAUGAUCCAUGGCAAGACAGUGGCGCGCAAAAGACUUCACCUUGCAACUGGAGCCAGCGUCGGCUAGUCGACUUUGUCGGUCGAAGGGUACUUGAUGCGUUUUGUUGCCUCUUUGGUCCUGCGUUCAGUCUGGGGGCCCUCGCGAAGCUUAUCUCUUUCGUCCAUGCUGGAGAGACGGAUGAACUUGAGCAGAGUUGGUCCUGGUACCUUCACGGGACUUCCGCCUUCAUAUUUGCAUCUUAUACUUGUAGUCUUCUGCCUGCCUUUCGGAAUCCCCGUGUAAUGCUGGCAACCCGCACAUUGCAGCUGGACUUCUCCCAGAGCUACAGGUUGCUACGGGAGGUUGCUGCGACCCACCCAGAAUGGGCGAUGGAGGCCCACGUAGAUUUUCUGUGCCAAAUGCCGCCAGCUGCCGCUCAACGAUUGCGAGCCACAAUGCUUGAGGAUAGCGACGGGCGAAGAUCACAUGUAGAUGAGCUGGGUUGCCAAAGACAGCAGCUUGGGCUGGCAGUUCGUGAGAUGGGCGUUAAACAACCACCUGGUUCCGACCUUGAGGACGAACCGGAUUCCAACCUCGAGGACGAAUCGUCUGAGUCCUGGUGA